AUGAGCAAUUUGGGUAUAGCGAUAGACUUGCCACCUCGGCCACCAGCAAGACUUGGUUUCUAUGAGGAUAUGGAUGGAGAGGAGGAGGACAAGACACAAAACGUUCCACCAAGGCCUCCAGCAAGAUUAGGUUUCUAUAAUGAAAAUCCUUUAAAAGAACGCAGAGAGAAAGAGGAGGACUGGGUGAAAUGCAGCUCCGAUGUCACAAUAAACAACAUCAAAGAAACGACAAUCUGGGGAGAGACACAACAAUAG